AUGUCUGGAAGGCUGUGGUCCAAGGACGUUUUUGCUGGUUAUAAGCGGGGUUUCCGGAACCAGAGGAAGCACACUGCUCUUUUUAAAACUAAAAGUGUUUAUGCUCGAGAUGAAACUGAAUUCUAUCUGGGCAAGAGAUGUGCUUAUGUGUACAAAGCAAAGAACAACACAAUGACUCCUGGUGGCAAACCAAACAAAACCAGAGUAAUCUGGGGAAAGGUAACUCGUGCUCAUGGAAAUACUGGCAUGGUUCGCGCUAAAUUCCGAAGCAACCUUGGACGCAGAAUCUGUGUAAUGCUGGACCCCUCAAGGAUUUAA